AUGGUGAUUAUGCGUGAUAAUGGUAGCCAGCCCAGUAGCAGUACCCCGCCGCCUGAAGUGGAACCGCACCAACUUUUGGAGAUGAUUCAUGGAUUGGUAGUGAAUCAGCAGUUCUUGGCUGGGCAUUUACAGCGGGAGCCUCAACAUCAGCCUCCCCAUCGUCCAGAGUCUAGUGUUAGGGAGUUCCGGUAUAUACGGCCCCCUUCUUUCUCUGGUGCUGAAGGACCCCUAGCAGCGGAAGAAUUCUUGAAGUUCACUGAGACUAUUCUCACGGUGACCCGCAUUCCCCAUGCUGAAUGGGUGGAUUUCAUGCAUAUUCAGCUCACCGGCACCACUCGGAUUUGGUGGACUGCAGAGAAGGCUCAUUUGGAGAGACCGAUUUUGUGGGAUACCUUCACAGACCGUUUCAACAGGAAGUACUUCCCUCAGUCGGCUCAGGACGAGCUUUUGCGUAAGUUUGUUGAACUCAAGCAAGGAGGUAGAUCUGUUGAUGAGUACGAGGCCAAGUUUUCUUCCUUGAGUCGAUACGCUCCUCAUCUUGCUACAGACCCCACUAUCAGGAGGCAUCAGUUUCAGAAGGGCCUGGAUAAGUAUAUCAGGUUUUCUCUGGCUGGUAGAGCACUUGCGAUGCGCGAUGUAGUACUGGAUGCAGCACGUGAGAUUGAGAGCAUGCAGAAGGAGCCUGAAGACACACAUGUGAUUCAGAGUAGGGCACUAGUAGUUCCAUCUAGGACUAUCGAGCGUCCUUCUUUAAAGCAGUAG